AUGAAGGCAACAAAGGCUGAAGAAGUGUGCAGCCCAAUGAGGGUUGUAAAGGCUGAAGUAGUGGACAGCCCAAUGAGGGCUGUAAAGGCUGAAGAAGUGGACAGCCCAAUAAGGGUUGUGAAGGCUGAAGAAGUGGACAGCCCAAUCAGGGUUGUGAAGGCUGAAUUGUACAGCCCAAUUAGGGUUGAGAAGGCUGAAGUGUACAGCCUAAUCAGGGCUGUAAAGGACUGCAUAGAGGAGCCAAAGAAGAGACAACAAACUAAUGGGGAAGAGCCAAUGGGGAAGAAGAAAAUAAAGCUGGAAAAAAUCUGA